AUUAUCAUCUCAUCAUCAACAUGUCUGGGAUUUUAGAAAGUUCUAGUGUAUCCGAUAAUAGCAUUCAAAAGGGGAAAGAAAUUGACGAGUUAGAAUCAGUUAACUCCGAAGUUGAAAGAAGUCAAGGUGAACAUGGUAACAUUUUAGCUGAAUAUACCGAAGAUCAAGUUAUGCAAAUGGGUAGACAUUAUGCUUCUACUCAUGGGUUAGAUCAAGAAUUGUUCGCUAAGGCCGCUGCUAUCGCUAGAGCUCCAAGCUCAUUCAAUUCCAUGCCAUUCUUAUCUGAUCUGGAAAAGUCUGGUUUACACUUGGAAGCUACCAAGAAAUGGCACAUUCCUGCCAAAUUAAUUGGUGUCAUUGCUGUUGGUUCUAUGGCUGCCGCUGUGCAAGGUAUGGAUGAAUCCGUUAUUAAUGGUGCCACCUUGUUUUAUCCAAGUGCCUUUGGUAUCACUGAAAUGAAGAAUGCCGAUUUAUUAGAAGGUUUAGUUAACGGUGCUCCAUAUCUUUGUUGUUCUGUUAUUGCUUGUUGGAUGAGUGAUUUCUGUAACCAUAGAUUGGGAAGAAAGUGGACUAUUUUCAUGACUUGUUGUAUUUCUGCCAUUACUUGUGUUUGGCAAGGUUUAGUUAAUAACUGGUGGCAUUUGUUUAUUGCCAGAUUCUUCCUUGGAUUUGGUAUUGGUAUUAAGUCUGCUACUGUUCCAGCUUAUGCUGCUGAAUGUACUCCAAAACAUAUUAGAGGUUCCUUGGUUAUGAUGUGGCAAUUCUUCACUGCUGUUGGUAUUAUGUUUGGUUAUGUUGCUUGUUUGGCCUUUUAUUAUGUUCCACAUUUGAGUUUUGGUACUGGAUUGAACUGGAGAUUAAUGCUUGGUUCUGCUUGUAUUCCUGCUUUCCUUGUCUUGUUCCAAAUUCCAUUUGUUCCUGAAUCUCCUCGUUGGUUAAUGGGUAAGAACAGACACAAGGAAGCAUUUGAAUCAUUAAAGGCUUUGAGAUACGAAGAAAUUUCUGCUGCCAGAGAUUGUUUCUACCAAUACGUUUUGUUGAAUGAAGAAGAAGGUAAGUAUGAUGUUUCCUUCUGGAAGAGAUUAGGUGAAUUGUUUACCGUCAGAAGAAACAGAAACGGUGCUUUGGGUGCUUGGAUUGUUAUGUUUAUGCAACAAUUCUGUGGUAUUAACGUUAUUGCUUACUAUUCUUCAUCUAUUUUUAUCAAGGCUAACUUUAGUGAAAUUUCUGCAUUAUUGGCUUCUUGGGGUUUUGGUAUGAUUAACUUUACUUUUGCUAUUCCAGCUUUCUUCACCAUUGAUAAAUUCGGUAGAAGAGCUUUGUUAUUGACUACUUUCCCAUUAAUGGGUAUUUUCUUGUUGAUUGCCGGUUUUGGUUUCUUAAUCAAGGAUCAACAAGGUCAAUUAGCCAUGGUUAUUGUUGGUGUUUACUUGUUCUCUGCUGUCUACUCCUCGGGUGAAGGUCCAGUUCCAUUCACUUAUUCCGCCGAAGCUUUCCCAUUGUAUAUCAGAGAUUUAGGUAUGAGUUUUGCUACUGCUACUUGUUGGUUCUUUAACUUUAUCUUGGCAUUCACUUGGCCAAGAUUGCAAAACGCCUUCACUCCAACAGGUGCAUUUGGUUUCUACGCUGCUUGGAACAUUGUUGGUUUCUUCUUGGUGUUGUGGUUCUUGCCAGAAACUAAGGGAUUAACAUUGGAAGAAUUGGAUGACGUUUUCUCUGUCCCAGCUAUGGAACAUGCUGCUUAUCAAACCAAGAGCUUCUGGAAUGGUAUUCAAAGAAUUGUUUUGCACAGAAACGUUGACCCAUUACCUCCAUUAUAUCACCAUCAAAAGAUGGCUCUUAUGAAUCCUGAAUGGAAUGAAAAGUCCGAAACUGCUCAUGUUGAACAGAAGUAGUUGAAGCUUAAAUUUCUUCAAAUGUUUAGUUCUUGUUAUACACUUUUAGUUUGUUUAGUUUUUUUAGAAAUAAGAUAUUUUUACUG